AUGUCAAGUGGAAAAAACUCUCCUGCAAGUGGAAAGACUUCUCCUGUUGGCCCAAGGAAAACGGAUGUGACGGAUAUAGCGGAAGAUGUCAUCAACGAAGCUCGAGUUGCUCUUGAAAAGAACAAGAUGACUGAAGGUCCUACGUUCCGUCAAGUAGCUGAGGUCUUGGGCGAUGUUGGAAAAAAGGCUAUGAAUGAAGCUAUGACGCCAGCCGGAGUCGCACCACGUAGUGAAAAAGACGGACCUCGAACACCCCCUAGGAAAGUAACACCUCCUAACAGCCCUCCUAACCUUCCGCCGCAACAACUCUCCUCCUCGUCUCCGCCAGCACCUGUAGCAGUACCAAAUAGUAAUCGACCUCGUGUGCUUCAACGUGGAGGAACGAACGCACAAGCUCCAGCUGCAGUCCCCACACCUCCUGUAACUUUAACACCUCCUUCGCCGAAUCCCCUUCCACCAACAGUAGAACCAGUGCCCAAAGUAGAUGCGCCAGCUCUGCCGGUCAGUGUCAAGACUACAUCUGUUGUAGCUGUUGAUCCGAUCGUCUCUAGUGGACUGAAUGGGGUGCUGCUUUCAAAUUCAUUUACACUUUCAGAUGCCAAAGCUGCAUAUGAAAAAGGAUUGACUGAUGGUCGCUCAUCGCCUGUCCACACAACACCGCCAAUGACUGCAAGUGGUAGUUUACCACCUCCUCCCAAGAGUCUUACUGCAGGAGGCAAAGUCGACACAAUCAAGCCAACUGGCUACGUAUUUGAUAGUGAUAAAGACUUGCCUGCUCCAUUCAGGAUAAUAAGCUCCCAAAUGGAAAUGAUCCAGCAGCGCGUUGAUGAAUUCAAACCAAUCAUUGAAACACUGGUAUAUUGGGAAGCACUGAAAAUUGCUGCCUACUUUGGUACUGGUGUUGUCGUGUCGUAUAUUCUAGGACGAUGGAGGCUUAGCUUCGGAUGGGUUGUUAUUGUGAUUGUAUUUGUCAGUGGUGCUUAUCGACGGAAUCUGGGGCGACUCAGAAACAAAGUGCGAGCACAGUUAUCACGAGAGCAGGCCAUGAAAAGGAUUGAACAAUCGUCUGAAACUUUGGAAUGGAUGAAUCUCUUUUUGCAAAAGUUCUGGCUUAUCUAUGAGCCCGUAUUAUCAGAUACUGUCAUUGGUAUUGUCAAUGAGAUUUUGGAUGCCAACAAGCCUGGCUUCUUGGAUGACUUGAAGUUGGCCAAGUUCACUCUUGGUUCAGCUGCGCCACGAAUGGAAGGAGUCACUUCAUAUACAGCCAUGGAAAACGAUGUAGUGCGAAUGGAUUGGGACUUGGCAUUUGUUCCAUUGGACAAUCCUCAAAUAGAAGCUAGCGCCGACUUCCGCAACUCAAACAUCGAAUUGGUUGCCAAGAUUGGUAAAGGUGUUGCUAGUAUUCCAAUUCCAGUGUUGGUCUCAGAGAUGGAGCUUACUGGAAGGUUGCGUAUUGAAUUGAAGUUGAUGACAGCCUUCCCUCAUGUCAAACGAUUUGAAGCCAGUUUCAUGGUCAAGCCCCAUAUUGGAUUUAUAUUGCGACCUCUCAAGGGUUUGGAUAUGAUGGAUUUGCCUGGUCUCAACAACUUCAUCAACGAUAUCAUUGACAGUCAACUCACUGCAAUAAUGGUUGAACCAAAUCGAAUUACAAUUGAUGUGGAAGACUUGUUGAAUUCUCUUGAUGAAUCCAGUAGUAUUCCUGCUGGUAUCUUGAGAGUUCGCAUUUCUGAAGGACGUGGUCUCAAGAAUGUGCAAACAAUCGGUCUCUCUGAUCCUUAUGCCUGUAUAUUACUUGGUGGAAACAGAGUUAUGACUGCCAGAACCAAGACUAUUCCACAAACUCUGGAUCCACUAUGGAACGAAACGUUAUAUAUUGUCAUUCCACGCUCCAUUCUUGAUUCAACUGAAGGUGAAGGGGACCAAGUUCGUAUCCAAGUUUUGGAUUGGAACAAUCUCGGUAAAGAUCGAUCAAUUGGAUAUACUCGAGAAGUUCAAUUACGACGUUGGUUGCGUAUCUUGGAUGACGCACCAGUUGACGGAGCAGAUGGUAGCAAGGGAGCUGCAGCUCCACCAAAAGCCGCUGAUGCAACCGUAGUAGUACCAAAAAAACUAAAGAUGUUUUCAAUGCCAGCUCUUGAUGCUGAAGAACGAGAAGAGCUCAUGAAUCUUUGGGGCUCGCCUUAUAUCGAUUUAUCAGACGUCUGGCUCAAAUUAUAUGACGGAGAUGACAAAGAGCAUCGUGGUAAAACGAAAGGAGAAGUCCGAAUGGAAAUGUCUUGGCAUCCAGUGCCAGAACCUCCACUUGUCUUCACCAAUUCUCCUAAAGAUGUUGUAUCUGGUGUCGUCCAACUCUCCAUUCACCAAGCCAAAGACUUGGGAUCGCAACGAUACACAUCGUAUGUUCAGGUCUUUGCCGAUAAUUCUGACGUCUUCCAGACUCCUAAUAAGAAGGGAACAGCCACACCAGUAUGGGAUGCGAAACUGUCCUUGUUUACAUUGGAUGUCAAGAAACUUGCCCUUCGAUUGGAUUUGAAGGAUGCUGCCGGCCCUAUUUUGGGAUCAUUGACUCUCAACGUCCCCAAUGAUAUGAAGCGUCUUCAAGAACAUCCAGAGGAUGAUUGGUUUAGGAUGACUGGAUCUGGAGCACGUAUUCGAUUGUCUUUGAAGUUCACACCUGUGCCUAUUGAUGCUAAAGGUGGCAAAUCUAAACUGGCUACCAAGGAACCCAUUGGUAUCGUCAGGUUCAAGAUUAAAGAAGCUCGUGGACUUUUGAAUGUUGAGCAACUUGGCAACAAGUCAGAUCCUUAUGCCAAAGUUCAAUUGGGCAGUCGAUCCAUUGGUCAGACCCACGUUAAGGAUAAUACUCUCAAUCCAACUUGGAAUGAAAUCUUUUAUGGUAUCUGCUACUCUCGUCGAGAACAACUCAAUAUUGAGCUUUGGGAUUAUAAUCGAAUGACCAAAGAUCGAAGCUUGGGUGGUGUUGAUUUCAAAUUGAUUGAUCUGAUCAAAUUCCCAGAAAUCAACCCAACAGCUACAUCAGCUUCUUUAGCUUCAAUACCAGCAGCACCUUCCGUCCAAGUCGAAUCUACACACGGUCCUACACCUACUACGAAUGGUGAACAACCCAACCACACCACACCAGUAACAACCGUUACAACGACUACACACAGUGAUGGAUCAACAACAUCAAUUACUGCUGCAUUGCCACCUAGUGCACCAUCUGUAAAGAAGAUUGAUCGUAAGAUGGAACGCUUUAAAGCUGAUGGUCUCGAGAUAACUAGUGAUUCCGCACUGGAAGCUGACGUUUGGGCUCCUGUGUACUUGCGUAAAGCUACCGGUGUCGUCAAUGCUGUAGGGGCUGGUGCUAUGGCAGUUGGUGGCGGUGUUGUAAAUGUAGUAGGCGCUUCAGGCUCUGCUGUGAUAGGUGUAGGAGGAUCUGUGAUCGGAGGUGUAGGCUCUGUAGUUGGAUCAGCUGGAAGGUCUCUUGGAGGCGCAGCAAACAAACUCAUCGGAGGCAGAAAGAGGCCUGUUGUUGUUCAGGACAAUAAUCAGAAUGUUAUUGCUCCUGUUACAGCAGCAGAAAACGGCCUGGCGCCUGCUGAACCUAGUCGUAUAUCGUCUGGUUCUCGUCACAGUGGAGACGCUUAUGCAUAUGACUAUGAUGGUGGUGAGGAAAAGGUCAAACAAAAGGGACAUGUGCACUUUGAAGUAGUCUACUAUCCGACGUCAGCUGGCAACAGUGUGCAAGCUGGAGAUAGAGAAGCUCUGACUGCCUAUGAAGAGCGUCCCUUUGAAAUUAACCAAGGAGAAACAGAAGAUGCACAACGACUCCGUCGAGCUGCCUGGAAGAAGGAAGUCGAAGAAGAACGAGCUGCUUGGCAAGAAAAGGAGAAACUUCGAGCUGAAGCUGAAGCUCAUGCUGCCAAGAUUAUCGAGCGUCACAGCGUUGGGAUUUUAAGGUUGAAACUAUUACAUGCCAACGAUAUCCGUAGGUCAUCACCUUAUGUCGAAGUAGUCUUGAACGAUGAAGAAGUAGCAUUUUCCACUCGAGCUCAUCCCAAAACAUCCGCACCCAUAUUCGAAGAAGCUUGUGAUAUUUUCAUCAAGGAUUUAACCACCACUGCCAUCACUAUGCGUCUCAAAGAUGCACUUGGUGAAAAAGCCAAAAAGACUGAAAAGGAUCCCAUCAUUUGCUCAUGGACUGGCAAUGCUGUUGAUAUAAUUGGACGAGAAGAUUAUUGGCUUAUGAUGGCUGACUUUAUACCAAACCCAAUCUCUGGUGCCAUAGUUGGAGUCGCUGGUCAAAUGAUGAUUGACGCUGGAUUUGUGCCUGUGAAUGUUGAAUUGGAUGAAGCUGAACGAUCCAAUACGAUGGGUAUGCUCUACGUGGAUAUUCUGUCAGCAACUGACCUCCACUCACACGAUUCAAAUGGCUUCUCUGAUCCAUACGCAUUGGUCGUGUUGAAUGAUCAGAAGGUUCACAAGACCAAGAUUCACAAAAAGACAUUAAAUCCAGUCUUCGAUGAAUCAGUACAAGUAGCCAUUCCCUCUCGAUUAAGAUCAACCUUCCAGGUCCGAAUAUAUGAUUAUAAUGUUACUGGUGAUGCAUUGCUUGGUGUUGUGGAUGUAGAUCUCUCCAAGCUUACUCCAGGCCAAGUCUUGGAGAAGGCCUUCACCUUGUCUCAAGCUGUUUCUGGAUCGGUCAAAUUGAGAUUGUACUUUGAUCCUCAACUGGUCCAAGUGGACAGCAAGAAAGAACGUACCCAAGGUGGACAAGAGAAAGGAACAUUCGCCAAGUUUGGUCGUGGUUUGCUAUCCGAAGUGACCGGUGUAGGCAAGAAACUGACUCAUGAAGUCACUUCUGUCGGUGGUCUACGAGCAGAUACAGCUGCCUCUCAAAGUCAGAUUGAUCCCAACAUGUUGAAAAACCUGGCUCAAAAGCGUGAAAUAGAAAAAGGCGUCGCAGCACAAGCAGAAGCUGCCGCUGAAAAAGCAACUGAGAAUGGUGGUGAUGACGCUACGGCUCAUAGCAGUAGCAGCAACUCGCCAAAGACUUCACCUAAACCAUCACGUCUUGGAAAUGUAUUGAAUGCUGUUGGUAUAAAAGAUGGCUUUGGCUCCAUAAAACGACAAUCCUCAACAGCAUCCAUCAAAGACGGAGGGUCCACAACUCAUAGUGACACAACUGUUGAAUGGGGUGGUCUUAGUGUUCCGAAAGAUUCGGAUACCGCAUCAAGACCGGGAUCGAUUGCUUCAGUUGAGACACACGAUCACGGCCUCCUCUUGCAUCUGACUAUAGUAGAAGCUAAAGACUUGAAUGCUCUGGAUGCUGGUGGUACAAGUGAUCCUUUCGUGAAGAUAUUAUCUGUCGACCAUAAAGGAAAAGAAAAGUCUCAUGGAAAGACAGCGGUCAUCAAGAAGACUCUGACUCCAAAAUGGACGAACGAGACUUUUGAUAUUGCGAUUCCGCCAUCAUCUUUAAAGCUCGUCUUGAAGGAUCAUAAUACCUUUUCAGGCGAUGGUGAUUUGGGUGAAGUUGAUAUUGAUGCUAUGAGUUUCGUCCACGAACAUGGCGAAGCGUUUGAUCUCUGGCUCCCAGUCGUCAAAGGAUCUGGAUCUCUUCACAUUACUGGCAAGUUUUCGCAAUCGGAAUCAUCCAAAGCGAAAAAGAACCUCUUCAGGAAUUUAUUGGGUGCUUCAAGGGAAUCGAUCAAUAAGGCAUAA